UAUGUGCAGCCCAGAGCCUCUGUAACUCCACCUCGGCGCGGGCUGGAGUCCUUGCACACAGAGGAGACCAUGGGAGGGACGGCUCGGGAGAGCCCGGAGGACUGCCGCUUUCUGGAUGCAGAAGCAUCCAAGACGCGCAAGAAGACCUGCACCAGAUACCAGCUCUGCGGACUGCUCUUCAGUGCGCUGCUCAUUUCUCUUAUUCUGAUAUUUUUUGGUGUCAAAUAUCUCUGGAACCCAACACCCAGAAAAGUUUAUGACAUGGAGCACACGUUCUUCAGCCACGGUGAGAAGCAGAAGAUUGUGAUGGAGAUUGACCCACUGUCCAGGACAGAGACCUUCAGGAGUGGAAACAGCAGCGAGGAAAUCCUGGAGAUCCAUGACUUCAAAAAUGGAAUUACUGGCAUCUUCUUUGUGGGACUUCAAAAAUGUUUCAUCAAGGCUCAGACUAAAGUCCUACCCGAGACGACAGAGGCCAAGAUCCCUGAGCUUGAGGGAGAAGAAAUCACAACCACUUACUUUGAGCAGUCCGUGGUCUGGGUCCCUGGAGAAAAGCCCAUUCAGAACAAGGAGUUCCUGAAAAGCUCCAAAAUUUUUGACAUCUGCAGAAACGUAACCAUCUACUGGAUCCACCCAACACCAAUAGCAGCUCCUGAACUGGCUGACCUUGACGGGGCAGACGAAGAAGACUCUGAGCUGCUCGUAGACAACCAGGACUGGUUGAAUGGAGGGAGCAAACAUGAGGCGGAGAAAGUUGUGCAGCUGGGACCAAAGCGCCGGGCACGGCAGCUCACCGAGGAGGACCUGCCUGUCAACGACUAUUCGGAGAAUGGGCUGGAGUUCCACCCCCUGUGGGAUGAGAGAGGCUACUGCUGUGCCCAGUGCCGCCGUGCCAACCGCUACUGCCGGCGGGUCUGCGAGCCCCUUCUGGGCUACUACCCCUACCCCUACUGCUACCAGGGUGGAAGGGUCAUCUGCCGGAUCAUCAUGCCCUGCAACUGGUGGAUCGCACGGAUGCUGGGCAGGGUGUAGCAUGUGCUGCGUAGCACCCAGCACUUGAGUACCACUCCAUGCCUGCCUGCCGCAUCGCCACCUAUCCGGAUGCACCCUUAAACAGCCGACACGCAGGUCAUUACCUGCUUGAUUGCUGGUGAGCGUGCAAGCCCACCGGCCACAGCACCUGCAUGGUGCACGCGCUGCCUGUCCCCACCCCGC